AUGAUGCAGUACAUUAAAGAUGAGGAAGAAUUAAAAACACUUUUGAAAUCUGCCGGCUGCAAACUUGUGGUGGUUGAAUUUUCAGCAAAGUGGUGUGGUCCUUGCAAAAAGAUUUGUCCUCUUGUUCAUGCAAUGUCUCUCCAUUACCAAAAUGUUUUAUUUGCUAAUGUGGAUGUCGACGAUUCUCGGGAUCUGGCCCACAUUUGUAAUGUCAGAGUAAUACCCACAUUUCAGUUUUACAAGCAAUCCAAAAAGGUAAACCUAUUCACGAGAAUCAAAAGAGCAAUUUGCUGCUAUAGAAGUGGAGACGAGAGAAAGCCGUAUUGUGUAGAUGAUAAAAAUGAGUAG